CAGAAGUUGCACGGGCUGGACAUGUACUCCAGGUAAUAUGGACGGCACUGCUACACCGGUUAGCUCCAAGCGGAAGAGGUAUUGUGGCCACUGCAAAGCUUAUAAGCCUGCACGUACCUAUUUCCGACACAAGAACGACUACUUCAACGCGGCUACGGGGCAGUGGAAGCAGGCCAAGGCUGACGAAACACGGCCCGCGCGGCCCCUGUUCCGGAGCCCUGUAAACGUGCCUGAUCCGCUGCUGAACUCGAGCAGCAGUAGCGCUGAGAGUGAUUCAGACGCAGAAACGACCGCAAAUGGUGACCAGUCAAGUUCUGUCGUCGGUGCGAGCCCUUGCAACAGUUCGCAACAGUCGGUGUCGUCCAGCGAUGAGUCCGUAAGUAUUAUAUUCAUGCUGUGGAUUUGCUACAAGUUUCUAGUAUUUCGUAUGUAUGCGUUGAAAACAUUUGUUUCUUGUUUAUCUGAGAUUUAUCAAAAUGACCUAUAUUGACCACAACCCAUAGAAUGUUUUUGACUAUACAGCCUUAUAAAUACCACGAACUAAUAUCAACUAUAUCGUACCUUUGAAAUCAAUGAUGAUUAUGAUUUUUGCGACAGUACUUGUACCGGUAAAAGGUGCUGUUUUACGCCAACGGGCGUGUACGCCACGGGCAGUUAGACGGGCUAUAUAGAUACAGACGGUAUAACAGAAUCAUGUUCUAUUAUAUUAAAGCAGAUUUAGUAUUUAUGAGUAAAAAGUACAUAGCGCUUUCCGUAGAAAGAAAAGUUAGAAAAGUGUUCUUAAACAUUUGCGAUGUCGCC